UUCUUUUCUCAUUUUUUCCAUUCAAUCUAGGAAUGCAAUUUGUGUCGUGCAGAACAAUGUCCGAACAUUCGCAGAUUUAGCCGAGUGGCAAUGGUUCCGCCUGCUUGCAUUGGUUAGGCCUCUGAUACCCAAGGAGAGAGAUAAGGAGCGAAUAAAAGAGCUGGAAGAGUUGAACGAGGAACUUGAGAGUGAAAAUGAAAAGCUUCGCCGUGAAAGCCUCAUGCUCUCUACGAAUUGUGAGCUACUCCAAGAGAAGGUGCAGGAAGCGGAACAAAGCGCUGAAGAAGCUCGAACACUUAUUGAAAAGGAAAUUGCUGAGAAGAACAAAGAGAUUCAAAAGGUACGCAGGGAAAUGCAGCAAAACGAAGAUGUUUUCGAUGUGCUUGAGAAGAAAUACAACGAACAGCACCAGAAAGUUAUGAAAAUGAAUGAGUCACUACGUGAAUAUGAACGCAAGUUGGACCAAGUCGAUAUGGAAAAGGAAGAAUUGGAAAAAGAAGUUAAAAAGGAACGAAUAGCCAGACACGAUGCUUCAAUGUUGGAGGAAAAGAAUUUGAGGCGUAAAUUAGAAAGGGAACAAGAAAGAGCAAAAGAUGAUCAGGCACAUGCUCAGGGUGCUUUGGCUAAACUGCAGCAAAAAUAUGAUAUAUUGAAAGAAGAAUGUCGCCGCAAGGACCAUCAAAUAGGGAAACUGGAGAAAAAACUGGAAGACAAAGAGGUCGUAAUGGCUGAUUGCAUGCGUGAUCUGAAGGAACAGCACAAAACCAGAGUGAACGAGUUGGAGGAGAAGUUGUCGGAGCUCAAGCGAAAGAAUUUGAAGUAG